UACUAUUCUGAAUAUAUCACAGAACGCCCAUAUCUUCAAGUAAAACUUCAACUACAUUAUAUAACUCAACCAUUGAUUGUCCAAAUGCAUCCUCAAGCUAUAGUUUAUAACCAUGAAUUAAUGGAAACAGAGCAAAUCCGUGAAGGCGUGACAAUUCAACCUCAAAUCCGAGAGUUUUAUAUCCAAUACUCUCCACCUGGAACAUCUGAAAGCGUUGGUGAAAGUAGCCAACAAGCCAGUGGAAGACGUCGCCAUCGUAACGGAGGAAAUGGCAAUGGAGGGAAUGGAAGUGGAGGGAAUGGAAAUGGUGGUAACGGUCAUCGCGGUGGUGGACGUCGCCGUAUUAAUGGAGGGAGAGGAGGAAAUGGAAAUGACGGAAAUUGAGGAGGAUCUUACGAUAAAUGAGAAAUUGUUGAAAGAAU